AUGAUAGCACCCAAAAGUAUAAUAAAAAAUGGAAAUGUAAAUGGUAAAAGAAAUAAUCAUAACGUAAAACACAAAAACAAUGCUUAUGUAAGUAGUCCAAAAAUACGGCGAGUCUUUGUCAUCGGCGUCGGCAUGACGCCCUUCACCCGACCUGGCCUCGACCUGACCAUCGACUACCCCAAUCUGGUUGAGGUGGCGGUGAAGGGAGCCCUGGCUGACGCCCACCUCCAGUACGGCAGUGUGCAGUUUGCCGCCGCCGGUUACGUCUUCGGCGACUCCACCUGUGGCCAGCGAUCGCUCUACCCCCUCGGCAUGACCGGCAUUCCCAUUGUCAACGUCAACAACAACUGCUCCACGGGGUCGACGGCGCUGGCCACCGCAGCCAGCGCCCUGCAGACGGGCCGCUAUGACUGCGUCCUGGCGGUGGGCUUCGAGAAGAUGGAGCGAGGGGCGCUGGGCGCCAAGUACCGGGACCGCGUGGCGCCCAUGGACCGCCACGUGGCGGUGCUCAGCGAGAUGCAGGCGGAAGGGCUGGCGCCGGCGCCCCUCACUGCGCAGCUUUUUGCCGCCGCAGGACGGGAACACAUGCGCCUGUACGGCACCGAGGAGCGCCACUUCGCCGCCGUCGCCGCCAAAAACCACCGACACGCAGCGGCCAACCCAAAUGCUCAGGUGGCGGCCAACAGGCAAAAAGAAGCGGAUGAUUUAAAAGAGGAUGAGGAAGGGAAGGCGGAAGACUUGGAAGCUGCCGUUCUGCGCUCUCCGCCCGUCUUUGACUUUCUCACCAAAAUGCAGUGUUGUCCCACCUCGGACGGCGCCGCCGCCGUUCUCCUGGCCAGUGAGGACUUCCUCCGAGCUCACCGGCACCUCGAGGCACAGGCGGUGGAGAUCCUCGCCCUGGAGAUGGUCACCGACACAGAGGCGACCUUCGCCGAGCCGCGUUCUGCCAUUCGACUGAUCGGCGGCGAGAUGACCGCCCUGGCGGCCCAGGCCGCCUACCGCCGAGCGGCGGUCACCCCCGCCGAGGUGGACGUCAUCGAACUGCACGAUUGCUUCUCUGCCAAUGAGCUGAUCACCUACGAGGCACUGGGCCUCUGUCCGAUUGGGCAGGCGAAGACGCUGGUGGAGCAGGCCGACAACACCUACGGCGGCAAGUGGGUCAUUAACCCCAGUGGUGGCCUUCUUGGCAAGGGCCAUCCACUGGGCGCCACCGGUGUGGCGCAGUGCGUCGAACUGUGCUGGCAACUGCGCGGUCUGGCCGGCCGGCGACAGGUGACCAACGCCCGGUUGGCCCUGCAGCACAACAUUGGCCUGGGAGGGGCAGCAGUGGUGGCCAUCUACCGAAUGAUGCACUCCGCUCAAAGCACGCGCAGAGAAC